GUGGAAAAUGAGAUGCUGGAAGGAAAAGUUAUCAAAUCUUUCAGUGAAUAGAACUACAAUUCCCAGCGUUCUGAGCCCUUCAAGUUACAUUAUUUCUGCAGGCAGGGUGUGGUCUGCUGUGGUUGUAUGACUUGGAAAGUAUGAGCUCACACUUCCAGUGGUGUUCGAUUUGAGCUGUGUUUUUUCUUACAAACCUGGAAAAGUCUUUGCAAAGUUCGGCUACGUGACUGGAAAAUGGCAUCGAAAGGAAAGACUACAAGGGGAACUAUUAAGGACUAUCCAAAUUUUGAAGCAAAUCAUGAUGCCGAGAUGCUUAGAAAAGCAAUGAAAGGACUGGGUACUGAUGAAAGUGCUAUUGUUCACAUCCUAACGACUAGAAGUAGUGCCCAGCGUAUGAAAAUCAACCUUCAAUACAAGACUCUGUUUGGCAGGGAUCUCGUUGAGGAUCUAAAAUCUGAAUUGGGUGGCAAGUUUGAAAAGCUGAUUGUUGGCCUGAUGAAGACUCCUCUACAAUAUGAUGUUUCCGAAUUGCACAAUGCACUUAAGGGUGCGGGAACUGAUGAAAAGUGCUUGAUCGAAAUUCUUGCCUCAAGAACCAACGAGGAAAUUAGAGCAAUCAUUAAGGCUUACAAGGAAGAAUAUGGCAAAGAUUUGGAAGAAAGUAUUGUUAGUGACACGUCUGGUCAUUUCCAAAGGAUUUUGGUGAUUCUUCUCCAGGCCAAUAGAGAUGAGAGCACAGUGUAUGAUGAUGCAGUAGUGAAAAAAGAUGCACAGGAACUGUUUCAAGCUGGAGAAUUGAAAUGUGGCACUGAUGAAUCAACAUUCCUUACUAUCAUCGGGACCAAGAGUGUUCCUUACCUUCGGCAAGUUUUUUCUGAGUACAUGAGAAUCUCGGGCUAUCAGAUUGAAGAAAGCAUUUCUUCGGAGACAUCUGGAAAUCUGAGGUCUGCAUUGCUAGCAGUUGUGAAGUGUAUAAGAAGUGUUCCUGAGUAUUUUGCUACAACACUAUACAAUGCCAUGCAGGGAGCUGGUACAGAUGAUGAUACGCUUAUCAGGGUAAUGGUUUCAAGGAGUGAAGUCGAUUUGCUUGAAAUCUGUGAGAAGUUCUAUGCCAACUAUGGAAAGACUCUUUCCAGUAUGAUCAAGAGCGAUACCUCUGGUGAUUACAGGAAUGCCCUUCUAAGCAUGUGUGGUGGUGAAGAUGAAUAAUGACCCUUAUGAGUUAAUCAAUUUCACAUACAGAUUUGAGGCUUUGGCCUGUAUGAUUAAUUAACCAGAUAUUAUUGUAAUGCAAAUUGUUGUUUUUUUAGGAACUAAAGCAUGUAAAAGAAAUUAUUUUUUAACACUUCUGAAGGAGGAAUCUGAUAGCUCCUCUUUCUUUAUUUCUGAUUUAUAUAAUUAAUUGACCGCCAUGGUGCAAACCGUUGUCUUACAUGGCAGAAGACUGUCACAGAGAUGAUUAAUUCCUCUCUGUUUUCAAAGGCAUUCAUUCUAUUGCAUUUAUUCACUUUGCAAUGUGAGCUUGCUAUUUCCUAUAAUCAAGUAGUUAAGCAACUGCCAAUUUAACUGACUUAUUAUUGUCAUAGCAGUAUGUCUGUGAAAUAUAAUGAGUAACUUGAAACUAAAUGUAAAUGUCAUAACAUAGAAAUUGGAGCAUUUUGAGAUUAAAUAAGUACCAGAUGUUGUCUUUGCUUUA